CACUGUCGGUACUGAAAAUCCAUAGCACGUGUGACGUCAAGUAUAGAUCUUUAGUACUGGCAGUGCAUAUCGGAACGCAGCUCGAUAGUGUUUCUUGUACAAUACAUAUAUAUACAAUCGUCUGCAGCUGCGCAAAAACCGGUAGAGUAUUGUAUGCGUAUCUUUGUAUAUAUCGAGAGGUUCCGCGAAGACUAUCAGACGGAGGUUAUCUCGAAGACGUGUCUUCCACAUAUUUGUCAGAUUAACGCAAACUUGUGGACGCAAUUUCCAAACGAACGAUAGUUGGAACAAUAACAAUAAACUGUGAUUGCAAAAAUGGAAAACGAAAGGUACUCAUCUUACAAUCGUAAAUUAAAGAUGUAUUUGGCGCCAAGCAUUCUUCUGACUAUCAUUUUUGCCUUUGCCGUAUACAAAGCAACGAAAGACAGCAUUGUAACGUCGUUAGUGACUACGUGUUUCAUUACGUCUGUAUUUCUUGUGAGUUUUCUGUGUUGCGACGCGGUGCUGCGUCUGUGUCACACACUGAUCUUGCUCGUGGAUCAACAGUCCGGAGAAAGUUUCUCAGCAAUGAGUUACAUCUUUCACCUGAACAUUGCAUCUAUAGGAGUUGGUGUCAUCAGUGUGAUUAUAUUUCUGGGACUAAUAAUUAUUGUCCGGGAAAAUCCAUUUAAUUACAUCUGGCAAUUUGGACCUUACAUAAAUAUCCCAUUGAUGAUAUUUUCUUUCUGUUUGCUAAGGAUGACAAACUUGGCUAAGUGGCAAUCAUGUUCUCUUGCUGCCAUGAAAGGACUAGAUUAUGGUACAGGUAUGGCGUACAGUUACUAUUAUGGGUAUCUACGAUUGGUUCUACCAUCUACAGGAACCAGAGACAGCAAAAGCAUCAAUGAAAAAAUUGAAAAUUUUGAGGACAAUCAUAAUGUUAAUUUUACUGUUCACAAAUUAUUUAUUUUGAUAUCAUCUUCCGGAUAUAUCCCACCAGAUUUAAAAGAAGCUUCUCAGUGGAUGGAGAGUGCAAGUGAGCUAGAAGAAGAAACACGCAAUAGAGCUGGUAAUAUAGGUAGAAAAUAUCGCAACAAUGUUUACAAGAUAUAUCCUGGUGGAUUAAAACCAGGCGUUAAACCCUAUUAUGUAGUGGCAGAGGGUGCCUCACCUUUACUAACAUUUCAUGAAGUAAUACAACAUAAUCAUCCAGAAUCUGAACUAUUUAAGAGAUAUAAAACUGAGAUUAUCAAGACAUUUUAUGAAAAGUUACAAAAUAUUUUGCAAAGUAAUCCAGAUACUAGAGACUUAUGCGAAUUAAUUUACUAUAAUGAUUAUGACUCUAGUGGAGUAAAAGUUAAUGUUGGAGAAUUAAUUUUAGAAAGAAUAUAUAAACUUCGGAGCUCUUAAAUACAACAAAAAUAAAAAAUUGUAUGUGUUAACAAAUUCUAUCACACUGUACAAUAUUACAUCUUUGUUACCAAUGUAAUUUUACAUGUAUAGAUAUUUAUCAGAAGCAUUUUAUACAGUAUUGUUCAGUACAGUAAGUGAUUAUUGUAAGAACACAAGAGUGUGUAUAUAUAUAUAUGUAUAAGUGAUUUAAAGUUUAUAUAAAUUUAUAUC